GUUUUGAGGAAAAGAUUACAUAACAAAUUUGAUGUUUUAACCGAUUUCCCAGUUCACCGACCUCCUCCCCCAUCCCAUCGCAGUUCCUUUGUUCGUACUAGUAUUUUCUGUUUAUAAACACAAUCCUUAAAUUGAGAAAGCGCAGAGACAAAUUGGGAGAUGGGUGCAAUGACUUGGCCUACACAGGAUGAGCUACAAGAAAUUAGAAAGAUAGUGUCUGGAAUGUCUGGAAAAGGUACAGAGGACGUUCGGGUUGUUGUAUCUCCUUAUCGGAUUUGUCCUCUGGGGGCUCAUGUCGAUCAUCAGGGUGGGAUUGUUUCUGCUAUGACAAUUAAUAAGGGAAUACUAUUGGGAUUUGUACCUUCUGGUGACACUCAGGUUGCAUUACGAUCAGGUCAGUUUAAAGGAGAAGUUAGGUUCAGAGUUAAUGAGACCCCAAAGCCAAGGCUGACCAUUAGCAAAGGUGAAGAGAUUAAAGUAGAGAAUUCUUUUCCAACACCAGAUGAAUUUGGAUGGGGCAUAUAUGCUAGAGGAGCCUUGCAUGCAUUACAGAGUAGAGGGAAUCAUCUUGCUCAGGGUAUCAUUGGCUACAUCUGUGGAUCUGAGGGUCUGGACAGUUCAGGCCUUAGCUCUUCCGCUGCUGUGGGCAUAGCUUACCUGCUGGCUUUGGAAAGUGCAAAUAGUUUAACUGUAUCUCCCACGGAAAAUAUUGAGUAUGACAGGGUGAUCGAAAACGAGUAUUUAGGUCUGAGAAAUGGAAUAAUGGAUCAAUCGGCUAUACUGCUUUCAAGCCAUGGCUGUCUAACCUACGUGAACUGCAAAACUAAAGAGCACAAGAUUAUACACCCUCCAAAGUUUCUAGAUGAUCACGAAGCUGAACCAAAGAAAGGCUACAAAAUAUUACUAGCAUUUUCAGGACUUAGGCAAGCUUUGACCAGCAAUCCUGGAUACAAUUCUCGAGUUGCAGAAUGUCAAGAAGCUGCCAAAGUUCUUCUGUAUGCUUCUGGAGAUGAUGAAACAGAGCCCAUCCUAUGCAAUGUUAAACCAGAAGCUUACGAAGCAUACAAGUUCAAACUGGAACCAAAUCUAGCCGAAAGAGCAGAGCAUUACUUUUCAGAGAACAUGCGGGUUACUAAAGGAUUAGAGGCUUGGGCUUCAGGAGAAUUGAGAGAUUUUGGGGAACUAAUGACAGCUUCUGGUCUAAGUUCAAUUAAAAACUAUGAAUGUGGGUGCGAGCCACUGAUUCAAUUAUACGAGGUCCUAUUGAGGGCUCCGGGGGUAUUUGGAGCUCGGUUCAGUGGAGCUGGAUUCAGGGGUUGCUGUGUUGCACUGGUAGAUGUGGAUCGCGCAGCAGAAGCAGCGAACUUUGUGAAGGAAGAGUAUCCUAAGCUUCAGCCAGUGCUGGCAAGCCAAUUGAGCCAUGGCUCGGAUGUUUUGAUUUGUGAAGCAGGUGGCUGCGCUCGUGUUAUUGAUUAACUUUCCUUCUUUUCUUAUGUUGUUCUUCUAUUCAUUCACUUCAAUGUUGUCUGACAAAUUCCAUGAACAAGUGUGUUGCAGAGUUUAAAUAGGUUCUGAAUUAGUCUAAAUUUCAAAAUACAAAA